UAUUAAUUUGCCAACAAAAAAAAGUUAAUUAUAAAAGUCUGCAUUUACUUCUAUAAAAAUCAAAAAAAGGGGAAUUCAUCCUUAAAGAGUUGGCAUGUACUUAGCAUACAUCAUGUCUUUUACGGUUACAUUUGAAAAAAAAAAUCAUUUUAUUUAUUUUACCCACGACUCUCUUAAUGUAAGAAUUCUUGAUCCAACCAAGGGAAAAUGGGCCAUGAAAAAAAGCGGGUGGCUCUAUUCGUUUAUUUCUUUUAGCUUUUCCAGAGUUUAUUUUUCCGCGUCAAGCUCCAUUUAUACAAUGACCAGUCAAAGCUUAUGUUUGCCAAAUACUCCCAUUUUCACAUCAGCAUUUUUGUGUUGCUUAUCGGUUGCCAUCUUCGGAGUAGCCUCUCAAGGUCCAAGUCUUAUGAGCCAAAAGUUAUACAAAGGAUAUUCUGCUGUCCUUUGUUUCUUUUUCGUAAAGUGUAUGUAAAUUUUGGGACAACGCAACCAGACCUGCCAAAAUAAAACGAAAGCGUGGCAACCACAAUAUGGGAUAUUAAAUAACCACGAAAAAGCCAAAUAGGUUACACGAUAUUUCAAAUCUAAAAAAAACAAUGAUCACGUGAGUGCCAAAGAAAAUUACGAACGCAUCCCAAAGUUAAUGCCUAUUAGCGUAAUAUCUCCUUAUGAACCACUGCUUGAAUCAGCAUCGUUAUCAUGUAAAUGAGGUUUAUAUGUAUCUAAAGGUCUGGAUUAAUUCAAAGUAUGAGAUAUUUUUUUUUGUAGCAGUUUCCUUUGAAUAAAAGGUGUAAAGAUAAAGAAGUUUUAUUGUCAUGACAUAAGCUCGCACACUUGUUUAAUCAUUUUGGUUUUACAUAAAAU